AUGGCUUCACAGAGCUCUUCGCCAGUCCUGGUCCAAACUCAUCCCCCUCCGCCUCACACCUUGACUUCCGCAUACAGUCCGGAGCCUGAACCUGACCGCCAACCACCAAUGUCGACUAUGCCCGGACCUGAACCACUCGAACCUCCCUCUUCCAGCUCCCCACAGCCGCAGCGUGAGCCAGCUCCAUCCUCUCCCGAAGUGGCGGACGCAGAAAUGGCGGACGCUCCCUUCACUGAGCCCGAAUCUCGACCACAAGAGUCGACGAAUACCACUGAAGAAGAGCCUCAGGUGCAGCAACCAGAUGAUGUGGUGGUUCAGGAGCCAGCAACUCCCGCAGAAGAGGGCACAAGUACAGUAGUAGCGGAAGUCCCAAGUCAAGACUCAAGCUCAACCCCUCCUCCACCGCCUGAACCGCGCCUUCACAUCCCAGAAUGGACACUUUUUGAAGACGACUGGUCAAAACCAAGUGAGGAGGAGAUGGAAGAGCUGAGAAUGCGAGAGUCAAGAGGCACAGAGCUGAGUGCACUGGACAUUCCUAGUGUUGAGAAGCGCAUCUAUUCAGACACAGACGAUCCGGACAUGCGUCCGAUCAAGAAGCUGCGUCUCAGCUGGGUCAUCAAGGGCGUCCGAGGGACCAAGGACAAGCCCAACCAUGCUAGAGUCAUGGUUUCUCCUCCUGCUUUGGUGGAUGGGAACUACUGGCAAAUCAAGUUCUACCCGCGCGGCCAUACAUCGGCUUCUUACAGUGCUUACAUCAAAUGCAGCAGGCGGCCCCCCAAAGCAGACACCAAACUCGCAGAUAGCACCUUUUGUUUCUUCGAAGGCCCUCCAGAUGCAGACUUUGGCAAUGGAGCCGUGCCAGCCCUCACGUUAAAGAUAGACCCAACCGCGAAGAAGGACGACCCAUCUUCAACUUCCUCUACCACUCCAUUAGCCAGUCAAAAACAAGACAGUCAUCCACCUUCCGAAGUCGCAAAUCCUAGCGGUGCAGAUAUCGGCCGUGACGAAGCGCUUGACGUACAAAACACUCCAGAACCAGCAGAGGAUACUUGGCGACUGUCUGCCCAGCUCGGGAUAGUGAUGUACAACCCAGACGAGCCACGCACUUGCGCGUAUGCCUCUACGGAAGGACAGUUCUCCAAGUAUGUGGAUGACUGGGGCUGGUCAAGUGUUGCAGGGCCUUGGAGAGAUGUACACCUUCGACAACACUUGCAAAGAGCACCGCUUUUGCAGAACGACACUAUUGCCAUCGACGCCUACAUUCGCAUCUUCGAUGACCCGACGAAAGCCUUGUGGUGGCGUAGCUCCGAGGGCGAACCCCACUGGGACUCGAAAUCACUUGCAGGUUACUUUCCAAUGGGAACUCCUCCACUUUAUCACAGCCCUGCAGUGGCAGGGAUGACUGCAUGGCUUCUUUUGGCUCCUUUCCGCAAACUGCUUCAGAACGUCGACGCCGGAGGCUGGCGGCGAAAUUCCCAAAUCCGCCCGAGGCCAUUCAUCGCUUACCUUCAAAUGAUCCUCUUUUUGAUGCGAACGUCAAGGAAGGAACGUGAAACCUACGUGGACCUGUAUCCUGCGAUUCAGGCAAUGAGAGAUUUCGGAGAAGAGUAUACUGAUGUCAAGACUUUCUGGGAAGCCUUCCGAAGAAGCAUCGAACUUGAAUUGGACAAUGAUCAAGAAAGCUUGAGGGCACUGAAAGCAAUUUUUGACAGUCCGAGCGGUCCGAUCUCCCUUCCACCAUUACCCGUUGAGAACGUCCUCGACAUCCAGCAAGCACUCACCCGUGUUUUGCGUGAAAGCAAAUUCAAAGCAUGUCUCCCAAAUUUUUUGCCACUUAUGCUCGCUCGGGAUAAGUUUGACAAGAAGACAAGAGAAUGGAAGUUGCUUUACGACCGUGUGAUCUUGAAUGACGAGAUUGACGUUUCGGAAUUCAGCACUGAUACUCAGGAUGCCAAGUACACUCUCUAUGGAUUCGUGGUUCAUGCCGGUGUAAGAAACUCAGGAAAGUUCUACACGGUCUUGCGACCAAACGGGCCAAAUACAAUGUGGCUCGCUUUUGAGGAUGGAGAUGGCAACCAGGUUUUCUCCUUAAGCAAGAAGGGAAUUCAAGCAUUCGAAGGUCUCGAAGGGCAGGCUCUGAAGGAUUUUAACUCCACCCGAACAACCGCUUACAUGGCAAUGUACAUUAAGAUCAGCUGCUUGGCCGACUACCUGCCGGGAGGUCUGGAACCGUAUCAGCUUCCGAAAUGGCUAGCACCCUAUCUUGAGUCUUCAUAUCAGGAGGCGCAUGGAAAUUUUUCCGAAGACACCACCGAUGAGGACUCGGAAGAGAUCAAUGUCGAAGUUUACUCUGAUGAGGGGAUCGUCGGAAGGGAGGGACUGCUGGACAUGUACAACAUCAAAGUACAGUCUCAACACAAGGGGCAGUUCCACCUCAUGAGCUCUCCCAAAAAAGCAACAUAUCAAGAAUUCAGGCAGCGCCUGGCCGCAAAGCUUGGACUUGAGGAUCCUCAAAUGAUUCGACUUUUUCGAAUGGGUUACAGUGGCAUUGGCUUUUAUGCAACGGCUCAAAUGCUCAACGUCCAUCUGUUGGACACUAUCGGCGAUGGCAGAGCUACGGGUCAACCGUUGUGCUUGUGGAUGUCAGUGCUUAGCAAGGACGAGCUCCAAUUAUUCGGUGAACCAGACAGAACAAGUGUCCAAGUGGAUGCGGAUUCGUUACAAUCAAGAAGUGAUGCAUCAAUCUCUGACAGCGUCGCCCACGGCGGUGAAGAGCAGAUCGCUGCUCCCGAUGCAGAACAAGAUUCGGUCCGGGCGGCUGUUACCGCCGACAUUGAGCGCGGCUCAGAUGGUGGACAGCAACCAUCUGCUGUGGCAAUGGAGGUCAAUGACUCGGACACGCCCAUGCAGCUCGAGGUCCCACCCCCCACCGCCGAAGAGAGCUUAGCUGCAAAUGUGCCUCAUGGCCAUCUCAUCGACGCGGCAGCACAUGACGAUGUUGUGGCUCUGCCUGUUAACGAUGAGACUCAACAAUCUUUGGCACCCGAAGUCUCGACGUUGUCUCAAACCGCAGAAUCCAUUUUUGCCGCGGUCAUUGCCGAAGACUCUGAGGCCAUGGAUUUCGUGAUGAACUCCGGAUCUGUUUCUACAGACCAUUCAGCCUCACAGUCCGGCGAGUCGUCGCAGUCCUCGUCACCGCCCCCUGAGAAACAAGGGCCCGUUGACAGUGCCUAUGGCUUCAUUCAAGUCUUCGAUGUUGAUAGGCAGACAUUCCGUGUCCAAGGAACCUUCUUUGCCAGGUCGGAGGAAAGAGUGAGAGACUUCGUGCAAAGGCGCCUUGGUUAUGGGGCCGACAAGAACUUUGUCGCUUGGCGUCGCCACUCAACGGUUGACGGAACCAUUGUGGGACCUGAGGAUACCUUCCUAGACCCCAGGUUUGUUAAUGGCUGCGAUCUUGUCGUCUACGAACCAGUGUCCGAAACUCGCGUCAAGGAGCUUGAGAAGGAAGGCAAAUUCUCCAACCCUCACGACCUAUCCAACUAUUUAAGAAUGGUUGAGCGACAGCAUCCUCUUCACUCCAGGACGACCACCGAACCAGUUGAGCUUGCGGAGUUCGGAACCGACUAUUACAAAGGACCCCUGGUCAACGGGCUAUGCCAUGGGGCAAAGUGCGUCACUAUCAGCUCUACGGGCAACACCUACGAGGGACCCCUUGUCUGCAACAUAAAAUGUGGCAAAGGGGGCAAAAUGACGUAUUGUAAUGGUGACAUCUACGAAGGCGAAUGGCAUCAGGACGAGCGGCAUGGCCAAGGUACCUUUGUGGAAGCUAGAACAGGCAACAAAUACGUCGGCGGCUUCGAGAAUGGAAAGCGCUGGGGAAUGGGCACCACAUUCUGGCAGGUUGCAGACGAGCAGGCAGACUUGUGCCAGAUCUGCUACGGCAACGAGAUUGAUGCGUUGUUUUUCGACUGUGGGCAUGUGUGCGCUUGUGUCGAGUGCGCCAGACAGUGUGAACUCUGCCCUAUUUGCAGGAAGACCGUGAAGCAAGUUGUCAAGAUGUUUCGAGCUUGA